CAUUCCGUCGUUGUGUAAGGACGUCCCACAAAAACGUGUGCUAAAAAAAUUACUAUCUAGGAUCUGUGUUCCAAAAUUGAAUAAUUGAUUUUGUUUUUAUGUGUCACGGUUUCAUUUUUAAAUUUGUACGUUCCAUCGACCGAUGGGUGACAGAAGUUGAAGAAUAAGCUAUGCUAUAUUAUUUGGUGUUAUCCUGUAUCUCCUUGUGUGUCGGGGCUAUGCCUACCGUCGUAGUUAAUCGUGUGGAAUCAACAGAGAAUGAGGUCCAUUCCUACAACUUUCCAUUCGUGAGUCGAGCGCAAUGGCGUGCUCGGGAUCCAGUCAAGACAACUCCAUUGCAAACUCCGGUACCCUACGUGGUGAUCCACCAUUCCUACAUACCACCAGCUUGUUACGACCGGGAGAAGUGCUGUGCAGCUAUGAGGGGCAUGCAAGACUUCCAUAUUGAUGACCACGGCUGGUGGGAUAUUGGAUACCAUUUUGCCGUUGGAAGCGACGGUGCGGCGUACGAGGGACGGGGCUGGGAGACGUUGGGUGCGCACGCGCUGCAUUUCAACUCAGUCAGCAUUGGUAUCUGUCUCAUUGGAGAUUGGAGAUACGAAAUACCACCAGCACAGCAGAGGAAGACAGCCAUGGCAUUAAUAGCAGCUGGAGUUGAGCUUGGCUACAUCAAACCAGACUAUAAACUCCUUGGUCACCGCCAAGUGAGAGCCACCGAAUGCCCUGGUGACGCACUCUUCAAUGAGAUCAAGACUUGGGAUCACUUCUCACCCUACCCGAGCUCUCAUUUAGAUCUGCUUGAUAUUGCAGAGAUCCCUGAUUGGGUGAAAGAUACGAUAAGGGGAGAAAAUAGCACAACACCUAUACCUUCCUAA